AUGUUGGAAUCCAGCACCAUUUGCGCAAAAAAUAAUAUACAAGAUCCGAUACCAACUGAUGAACUAUUCAGUCAUGAUAUAUUUGAAGUAGAAAAUAUUACCGUCAUUAGGCCACCGUUACUGAAGAUAUUCUAUUGGCAAAAAUUGGAUAUUGAUGGAUUAAAUGAAAAAUUAUCAUCAGAUGUCAAUCACAUUGAACAUAGUUUAUAUUUACCCACCCGCCAAUUGAAUAGUAAACCAUUGAAAAUUAUCUUCUGGCUGAGAAAUGUGUCCCGCCAAGCCUUGACACUAACUUUGAAACGUUUACAAAAUUGUCAAUGUUCGCCGCUUGAGACUCGUGUGGGUUUCAAUCAAUUUCGUUAUUUGUAUCAUUGUCCACAUCGUCGUCUGAUAAACAUAUCACAGGAAAUUUUUCAUCUGGGGCCAAAUGAUUUAGUGGCCAUGUCUAUGGUGGCCCAUUUUUAUUUAUAUGGAUCAUUUAUGCUUUCCUAUGAAAUGAGUUGCUCAAAUUCCCGUGUAAUUAUCUGGAAUUUUCAUUUAAAUAUUGUCACCAUGGAUCCAAUUGAAAGUGUAUUGACGCGUGAAUUACUGCCGAUUAAUGUAAAAGAAUAUCGCCGCAUGUCCCAGGCCAUAUGGAUACGUAAUAUCACAGGUCAAAAUCUGCAAUUUCGUUUUAGGGCCAGAGAUAGAGGUUUCUGCUUGAUUAAUUCCAAUAUGAUAGUGCCACGACAAAGUGUUUGGCCAUUGAUUGUCGACUAUCGACCAAGUGAUUUUGAAAAUGAACUCUCUCUUACUAUGUCCCUAAACGGUUUUAAUUACGAUAUCCCUCUGUCCUGCAAAGGCAUUUUGGAUGAUGAGGAUUGCCCUCCUGAAUCCACUGUUCCCAUUAACGAUUAUGAAUCUUCGGAUUUUUUAUAUGUUUUAUAUCCAAACAAAUUGACUUUUGUCAUGGAACCAAAUGAGGAACGCUCACAAAUGGUGGUCAUACAUAAUCACAAUCAAAUAUGCAUAGCAUUUAAAUGGCAAACUUAUUCAAUUAACGGCUAUUUCAUAUUGACAUUUGAACCAAUACAAUUCACUCUGAAGCCACAUCAUUCAAAACUUUGCGUUGUUCAUUGCAAAACUUACGGCAAACCAUUGAAUUUCCGAAAUAUACCCGCUGUAUUGGAAAUACAUCGCAUUUUAGAUAAACCUACACAAAUAGCACAGCAAUUAUUAACGGAAAUUGAAUCAAUUGAUGAUCCCAAAUGGAAGGAGGAUAGUUAUUUGGAGCAUGUAUUUUUGCAUAUCAAUUUGAAAAUUAAUUUUGUUAAAUUGCAAUCAAUUACAAUAAUGCCCAAAGAAGGUAAAACUACACCCUUAAUUGUUCCCCUAAAUGAUGGUAAUGACAACAUGGUACUACCUUCAAAUUCAAAAACCACAAUAUUUGAAAAACUUUUUUGGAAUUAUUUAUCAAGAUCAAAUCACAUGCGUAAUAAUGAUAAAACUCCACAAAAUUUAUCUUAUGAAGAUGUUGUGAAUUAUUCGACAACUACUCAAAAUGGCAGGAGCAAAUCGAAUGAUAACAACAAUACUAAUUUGUAUGAAACUUAUAUCCUGUUUUAA